AAAGAAUGAGAACCAUGGAAAGCCAUCGCAUGCGAGUAGGUGCUCUUGCAUGGAACUCUUCAUUGCUUUCUUCUGGCAGUCGUGACAAGAACAUCCUUCAUCAUGAUCUACACGGCCUUCUUGCAUCUGGUGGUGGAACUGCAGAUAGGUGCAUAAGAUUUUGGAAUACGACCACAAAUACACACUUGAGUUCCAUGGAUACAGGGAGUCAGGUCUGUAAUCUUGUGUGGUCAAAGAAUGUGAAUGAGCUUGUUAGCACACACGGAUACUCCCAGAAUCAGAUAAUAGUGUGGCGGUAUCCAACGAUGUCAAAGCUUGCCACGUUGACAGGACAUACAUUCAGAGUAUUAUAUUUAGCCAUCUCCCCUGAUGGACAGACAAUUGUUACUGGUGCUGGUGACGAGAUGCUCCGGUUUUGGAACGUGUUUCCGUCUCCCAAGUCCCAGAGUUCUGACAGCUUAAGUAGCAUUGGAGCGACAUCAUUUGUUAGGAGCUACAUCCGGUGACUCGACGAAAUCGAGCUUGUAAGUUAUUACGGCAAGUGCUGAUCGUCAUCAGCACCAUUCAAUUCCCACACGACCUCCUUCUGUCCAUCUGCCGCCGAAGCCAGCACCAUUUUAGAGAUUGCACGGCAGGGGAUGAUUGACUGGCUGGCUAGCGCGGAUCCGAUCCCCUCUCCCGCACUGGAAGCGGCGCAUAUCUAUUGUUGUUUAGCGGGAAAUUCCUCUUGUUUUAGCAACUGAGAAAUCUGUUGGCGUGUCGAUUAUGCGCUUGACUGAUGAUAUACAAGCUGUAGCUCUAUUCAGAACAUCAUGAAAUUCAGAACUGGACCUCGCUGGCCUGUGUCAAGGCCUGUGGAGGAAUUCAGAAUUUGGCCAUGUCCUCUGAUGGAUGCAGUGGGUUAAAAUUAUCUGUCUGGGUGAAAA